AUGUCAACUACACCUAUAAAGGGUCUACCAACGCAAUGUAUCAGAACCUUUUCUAUGCACGAAGGGCCAGUUCACAUUGCGCGAUUCAAUUCAAGUGGCGAAUAUGUUCUAAGUGGUGGACAAGAUAAAACAAUUCGUUUAUGGAAUCCAGAAUCUGGGUUAUGUAUCAAGACAUAUGUGGGACAUGGAAAAGAAGUUUUGGAUAUCAGUGUUACUCGGGACCACUCACGUUUCGCGUCUUGUGGAGGAGAUCGACAGGUUUUCUAUUGGGAUGUUGUGACUGGAAGAACAAUUCGUCGUUUUGAAGGACAUCAUCAUCGUGUGAAUACUAUAGACUUUAAUUGGGAGGGGACAAUACUUGCAACUGGUUCUUAUGAUACGACUAUACGAUUAUGGGAUUGUAGAUCCAAUUCACGCUUUCCUAUUCAAAUCCUUGAAGAACCAAAAGAUAGUGUAACAUCUUUACAGUUAACGCAAUAUGAAAUUGUAUCAGGAAGUACGGAUGGCAAUAUAAGAACACAUGAUAUUAGAAUGGGAGUUCUUGUGACAGAUUUAAUUUCAUAUCCUGUAACUUCUGUUUCUGUGUCUAAUGAUACUAAUUGUAUACUUACCAGUAGUUUAGAUGAUACUGUCAGAUUGAUGGAUAGAGAAAAUGGAGGACUUUUAAAUUCUUUUAAAGGUCAUAAGAAUUCAACAUACAAGAUUCGAUCUUGUUUAUCAAAUAAUGAUGCGCACGUAAUUAGUGGAUCUGAAGACGGAAUGAUUUACAUGUGGGAUUUAUUGGAAGGAAACGUGUUAAAACAAUUAUCCGCACAUUCUGGAGUUGUCACGUGUGUUGCAUAUAAUUCUCGUUUAGAUGCAAUGAUAUCAUCAAGUGUUGAUGGAACUUCGAAAUAUUGGAAACCAGAAAAUGAAUAA